AACAUUAAACCUGACCAAUCUGGCAACCCUAACUCUAACGCUAUCUUCUGCCUCUACCCAUAAGAAUGAAACCGCUCUACCUGGCUGCAUUUACACACAACCACUAAAGAAGCAACAAGUCAUUUGUCUUCUAUCUGCUGUCUUCUAUUUUUUUCCCCAGCUUUUUUUCACCGCUGAAGGGAAAUUCACAAUGACUGGCCAUAAAUGGGGUUAUGGUGAAGAGGAUGGUCCAUCUGCAUGGCACAAAUCGUACCCCAUUGCCCAAGGUGCACGCCAAUCCCCAAUUAACAUUGUACCUGAAGAGGCAGUUUAUGACAGCCGCCUGCCGGCCAUCUCACUCAGCUAUGAGAACUGCACUUCUCUUACCAUAUCCAACAACGGCCACUCAGUGGUGGUGGAGUUUGAGGAUAUGGAUGAUCGAUCAGUGAUCCAAGGAGGCCCACUUGAAAAUGUAUACCGACUCAAACAGUUCCACUUCCACUGGGGAGGAAAAGACUGUGAUGGCUCUGAACACACUGUCAGUGGGAAGACCUACGUGUCUGAGCUACAUCUGGUGCAUUGGAAUGCUGUGCGCUAUCGCACGUUUGGUGAAGCCGCUGCAGCUCCUGAUGGCUUGGCUGUGCUGGGCAUCUUUUUGGAGAAAGGAGAUGAACACGGAGAUCUAAACAUCUUAACUGAUGCCUUGUAUAUGGUCAAAUUCAAGGGAAGCAUCGCAAAUUUCAAAGGUUUCAACCCAAAGUGCCUCCUGCCUUCUAGUCUAAGGUUUUGGACCUACCCUGGCUCUCUGACCACUCCUCCACUGUAUGAAAGUGUCACAUGGAUUGUUCUCGCUGAACCUAUUAGAGUCUCGGAUAAGCAGAUGGGGAAGUUCAGGAUGUUGCUCUUCAGUGCUGAAGAGGAGGAUCAGAGGAAACGCAUGGAGAACAACUUCCGCCCUCCACAGCCCCUGAAGGGCAGGACGGUCCGUGCCUCCUUUAAGUAGCCCAUCAGUCACGAUAUUGACAUUGACAUGUUUUAGCAUCAUCUUUCUGCAACUUGGAAGUCUAGACACUGUUUUUCUUUAACUGAAGUCAGGCACAUUGUGAGACUCAGAAAAAAGAUCAACCCAGCCCUAAUAAGCACUGUGAAAGCACUUGCUGUGUAGGUGUACCUACCAUGCUGUAGCCUGCCAGGAAACAUGGAAAAAUCAUGUUAGAUUUAAUAUGAGCAGAAGAUGCAAAAAAGGAUUCUUUCCUAAAACACAUUGAGGUCCUAAGUCAUUUUACAGAUCUUCUAUAAUCCAUCAGGAUCAGACUUGUGCUGGUGAUCCACUCUCAGGUGCGUGCAGUGACUCAGAGACCGCAUGACCCGAGACAAGCCUUCUGAUUUUCCACAUCAUUUGGAUAGUAACCAACCUCUGGCAAGCCACACUUAAUCUCUUCACCACUUAUUAUCCUGACCAAAUGAUGCAAUUCAUUACGAAAUUCUCCAGAGAUUUCUGGGAUUGUAAUCUAACAAAAGGUUCCAUUGUUUAUUAUUGUAAGUGAUUUGUUGUCCUGUCGUGUACAAAUGAAUGAAUGAAAGAAUUUUGCUAAGCUAGUGCUGUUUUCACUAUACAGUGCUCUCGUUCUCCUUGUGAUUCGUAAUGUACCAUUGAUUCAUAUGCAUUCAUAAUGUACCAUUUUGACCUGGUUUUAACCCCACUGAUUAGCAAGUUAGUUAAAAUGGGUCACUGAAUUGUUAAUGCUUAUAGACAUAAUAGUAAAAUUAGUAGAAUUUUUCUCGUCCAAAUAUAUUAGCUUUCAUUUAAAAGUGGAAUUAUUAAGAUUGUUGGUGCAACUGGGUGUGUGAGGUCUUACAUUGCACUCUAUACUAAAGCCUGACAGAAUGAACAAGUUUGAAGCCACUGGACAACGACGGGUACUAAGUCAAAAAAAAAAAAAAAAUCAGGCUUCCCCUCUUGACUUAAUAACAAUUCUGUAGUCUGUUUUGCAGGAAUGCUGGUAUAACUCAUACUGCUUUUUCUUAGGUGUGGGGUUUCCUUAAAAUCCAGACCAAAUUCAUUAAUAUAUAUUUACAUGUACAGAAACCUGGAAUCCUUUUAUCAGAAAUGAUUGAAUUUGCAUUAGAAAUGAAUGCUGCUGCAGUAUGUUCUUCACAGGGAUCUCUGUGGCUGCUUCAACAUGUCUACAGUUUAUAUCGAAUCGAUUAUAUAGCUGGGUGAAUUGCGUGUAAUGGAUGAUAAAAAAAAACUCUUUCAACACUUUGAAUAGAAUUUCACCAGUGUAACCCUUAAAGAAUAUCUGGGCAUUACUCCAAGAGAGUUUGUUGGCAGCUUUAUAUUCUGUUUUAAGUGUAAUUAAAAAUUUGUCAUUUUGGCUUGACUUUAUCUAUGAAUUGCUAGCAGGCAUAUGCUUACACCAGGCUUACAGAUUUAACUAAGUUUGUCACAUGUUUCUGUUUAGUCAUAUUAUUUGUUUAGUCAUAAUAUGGUUUACAAAGAGUUAUCUGAUAAUUGAAUGCCUUUUAGGAUAAAUGGAUAAAUUUGUGGUUGAAAUUAUUAAUUUAUUGUCAUUUUAUUUUUCUAUUCAAAAUAUAAGAAUAUGGUUGU